AUGUUCAGUUUCAACCUUGAGAGAUUGAGGAGUUCGACACCGGCUAGUUCCAACCAGUCAGCACAUACAGUGAGAUUGGUAGAAACUGUGCACACAGACUCAUUUGUUAUCUCGAGAUACCCUUGUGAACUCCCCCAGCUUAAAAAUGACGAAACCAUUUGCUAUGGAUCUCUCGAUUCUGCAACCGAGAAAGCUGUUCUGGUGACUAGCGAGAGAAUUCUAAUCUACAAUUAUAAAUCAGGAGAUAUCCAUCCUGUAUUCCUUGAGUUCAACUAUGAGAAAAAUGAGCAAGGUAUUCUGCCCCAAGUCAAACUCUUUCCCAACUCAACUAAUAAUGAUACAAGUGUCGUGAUCGUGGAUUCUGUUACAGGGGAAAUCCGAUACGUAGAGUCAUUGAGCCUGGCACCAUCUCUGGAUAUCUUUGACGGCGUGCAAACAACCACCAUCAAGCUUUCAGGGAGUGAAAUUAUAACGAUUGUUGAAUAUUUUGCUGGAAUCGGCUUAAUUAUUGCUACCAGCAAUAGGCAUGUGCUAACAUUGUCGGUGAAUGAUCACCUUGGAAAAACAAAAUUUGUUGUCAACGAUGUCUAUGCACCAAAGUCAUUGAUGAACAUAUUUCUUGGACUGACCUCGCAUACCGCUACGAGCUACGAAAACGCAAAUAAAGUGAUAGCUAUUGACUGCAAGAAUAGAAACGCAGUCACACGUCAAUUGUGCAUUCAAGAGGAAGACGGAAAACUAAUCAUUGCAGAUUGGGUGAAUGGGUCGAUUAAUAUCAGCACACAAUAUAACCUCAAAGCGCUCCUAGCUGAACAAAUAGUGGACUCCGAUAAUCUCAAAAUAAAGGAUAUUAAACUUAUGGGAAACAAUGACCUUGUUGUCCUCACAUCCUGUCAAGGAAGUACUGGAAAAAGAUUACAAAUAUCCAUGGUCAGGAUAGAAAACAAUCCUUCUGUGAUAUAUGUUCACGAAAUCACUAGCAUCAAUACGACAGAUAAUUUCCCAAAGUUAUCUGUGACAAACGAAAUCGCAAGUAUAAUAACCGAGUCUUCCAUCAUUAUGACAGAUACUGAGUCUGGCUUAAAUGAAAGAUGGGAAGAUUUUAUCAAUUUCAACCAAGAUGUUACAGUUUAUGGACAUAACACUGACGAACAUGGUCAUAUAACUGUCUUGACUGAGGAAGGUAUUUACCAAAUUAAAGUUGAAAAAACGGGAGACAAGUUUGCUAGUGUUGAAUUUUUGAAAAACCAUAUAAGACAGGCAUUACAAUACAGCGGUAGCUUGAGGUUGCUCGAUUUCAACCUUUCAAACCUGAAAUUGGCCGUCAGCGCCGAGGAUAUUGAAAGUGCUGUUUUGGGUAUUGCACAAGAAAUAACAUCGAACGAAUUCAAUGAUCUAGACGAUUUGACAUAUUUGCAGGUGAAUCUACACAAAAGAGCCGAUCGGUUAAAGAAACUUGGCCAUUUCUGCAACGAAAACUUUGAUUUACAAGAGGCCACAUGGAUUCAGCUUAUGAAAUAUGUCGAGGAAAUUGAGCUCUCAAGUGCACUUUACGAGAAGUUUAGCGAUAUCGAGCCGUUGAAAUUGAUCGCGGAAAAGCUAGUCAGGAAACAUACAGGGUACAAAAGUCUUGAUGAAUAUUUCAAGGAUCCAACCUCAUCCAUAAUCAGUUUCCUGGGACUUUUGGUAGCAAACACGGAUCUUCAAGAUCCUGCAGACUUGUCACUCUUCGGUGAAAUGCUUGCCGAUGUACUCAACAAAGGUUACUUAGAAACUGAGAUUAACGAAGCCCGGUCUUCCAACAUCUUCCAAGGAGCAAGAGAGUUUUUGUCGAGCGUGAAUGAGAUUUUGAGAAAUCUCACAAUCACUUACGCUGACAGUUUGGAAGCUGCAGAAGAGAGCGAACUGAAGACACGCGUGAGCAAAACUGUUUUAACUCUAGCAUUAUUCCUCUAUUAUGUCGAGAUCACAGUGCACGGUGAACUUUUAGCCAAAAAUAGGGAAGGAUGGGUUAGAUUAUUUGUUGUUUUAGGACAACAAGAAAAAAUAAUACAGCUUGCAGAGAAGAAUAAUGAUUUGGAAAGUUUAUGUGAAAUCCUUGAUUCCGAAAGAGAGCAAGCUCCAGAAGGGGAUGCUUUAGUUGCAUUCAAAUUUGAGGAAUGUUUCCAGCGGUAUGGAUACCGUUUUGCAGAAGUGCUUUUUGGAUUCUAUGCUAGAACCAGAAAGAUUCGGCUAAUCCUCAAUUACAUCCCUCAAUAUCCAGAUUACGUGCGCAUGUUUUUGAAUUCAAGCAUCAACAACUAUAAAUUUGCCUGGAUACUUGACGUGGAAAACGAUGAGUAUUUCAAGGCAGCAGAAAAGCUGAUUGCAUAUGUUUCCACUGCAGAGUCGGAGGAAAUUGAAAAGAAAAAGUUCGAACUGAAUAUUGCCAAACUUUCACUGAUAGCUUUGAAUGAGGAUCACGACAAUCUGUUGGAUGAGAUAGAAAUACACUUGCAAAUGAUUGAGCUUCAAUUGAAUUAUGCGAGAUUAAUUGAUUCAAAAACUAAAGAUGGAUUCAUACAAGACUCAAGAUACUUGGUUGAUAACAAGUUUACACAUUUUGAAAGUCAGAUCGGCGAUAUUGUGGCAAAGAUGGAUAAGCAGCAACAGCUGGGAUUGUUUGAGAUGGUCCAGCUACUGACAUUAGUGACGUUUGAUGAAUUCAGUCACAACAAUUUCGCCAACUUGUUCAAAUUGUUGACUGUCAUCAAACACUCCAAUCCGUCAAGAGUGAUAAGUAACCUGAGUGGUUAUUCGCACUAUCACGAAAUCUUGGAAACCUUGAUAUGGAAAAGGCUGUUUUUGACAACUGAUUGGGAUGGGCUUUUGAAUGGUUCUGACGUGCAUACUAAUGAAUACUUCAAAAUGAUGACCGGGUUAUCGACGCUCAAAAUAGAACUUCCCUCUAAAGUUCAGGACUUAAUGUUAGAUCCGGACGAUAUUAAUUAUCUCGAGGCUGAUAAAGGCCUUCGUGACGAUUUGCUGAAGGAGAACGAUCUGUUGUCGGAACUGAACAACAAGAUCAAUUUAGAACAAUGGUUAGAUAGAUUGAAGUAA